AUGUCAGCAUUUCUCACCCACUCAGCUCCCAAUAUCAGCACUUCGAUGGCCCCCACCUUCCUGUUGGUGGGCCUACCAGGCCUGUCUGCUGUACCCUCCUGGUGGGCGAUACCCCUCAUCACUAUCUACCUUCUUUCUGCCCUGGGCAAUGGUGCUAUCCUCUGGAUCAUUGCCCUGGAGCCCACACUGCACCGCCCAAUGUACUUCUUCCUCUUCCUGCUCAGCAUGUCUGAUGUUGGCUUGGCCACAGCCCUGAUGCCCACCCUGCUGGGUCUUGCCUUUGCGAAUACUCAUGCUGUCUCUGCCUCAGCCUGCCUCCUCCAGAUGUUCUUUGUCCAUGUCUUUUCCGUCAUGGAGUCCUCUGUCUUACUCGCUAUGGCCUUGGAUCGGGCACUGGCCAUUUGCCGCCCUCUCCACUACCCAACACUCCUCACCAAUGGUGUCAUCAGCAAGAUCUGUGUGGCCAUUGCUUUCCGAUGCCUGGGUCUCCACCUGCCCCUGCCAUUCCUCCUGGCCCACAUGCCUUACUGCCGUCCACAGGUCCUGACCCAUUCUUACUGCUUGCACCCGGAUAUGGCCCGUUUGGCCUGCCCCGGAGGUGGGGGAGCGGUCUACAGCCUAUUUGUGGUCCUGUCAGCCAUGGGCUUGGAUCCUCUGCUUAUUUUCUUCUCCUAUGGCCUAAUUGGCAGGGUGUUGCAAGGUUUGGGAUCCAGGGAGGAUCGCUGGAAGGCUGGCCAAACCUGCGCUGCCCACCUCUCUGAUGUGCUUCUCUUCUAUGUGCCCAUGGUCCUGCUGGCUCUCAUUGAUCGUCUCAGGAUGCCAAUCCCUCAGCCUGCCCAUACUCUUCUCUCCUAUGUCCACUUCCUGCUUCCCCCAUUGGUAAACCCCAUUCUCUAUAGUGUCAAGAUGAAGGAGAUUAGAGAGAGAAUCCACAAGAGGUUGCAGCCCAGGAAGGUGGGUUGUGCUCAGUGA